AUGGGAUCUCCAAGACCUCCAAAGCGAUCGCGUGCACAGUCAGUGUCCAGGGCUGAAGCCCCGUCAUCCGCAGAAGAAUGCGAGUUCGCUCGCCAAGUCAAGCAGACUUUCAGUCAGGUUGCUGACGAUGCGUUUGUCAUUGGACGCGAAGUCAAGACGUUACGGGACGCAACGGCAUCGGCGAUCACAGAUGCAUGGAAGGACGCGAAGGCGGCCACCGUUACGGAAGGAUAUCGCCACGACCGCUUCAAGACAAUCGACGCCCCGGUAUUCCUAGUCGAACACAAUGCUAUUCUUGCGGAGGACUCGGCCACAUGGCACAACAAUGCCCAUCCAAAGUUCGACGUUCCUCGGGAGGUUAAUAAUGUCAAUAUUCUGGCUCUAAUUGACACAGGCGCGGUGAUUACGGUAACUUCGAGCAGCACUGCAUCAUUGCUUGGCGUCUUUGCUUUGUUCGAAAGUGAUAUACCCGCAGCUUUGGAUAUGGCUGGUAUACCAAUCAAUUUGAUUGGCAUAGCUCAUCUUCGUUUCCAAAUUGGCUCUUUUACUUUUAAUCAUCCAGUAUAUUUCACGGAAACACCCUGCGUGCCGGAAUCAGGUGGCUCUUACAAUAUUAUACUAAGCAAUGAUCUCCUUUCCCGCCUUCCUUCUUGGUGCAUUAGCUAUAAUCGUAGGCUCUUUACUGUGGCUGGCGAACAAAUCAAUAUCUUAUGCUCGGCUCCAACUCCAGCACCACUUGUUGACUCGACAGUUCCUGUUCGCGUGGCCGAGACUACCGUACUCCCGCCGCAAACUGAGACUUUUUUCCUUGUUUCUCGUAUUCCAAUGCCUCUUCGCUGGUUUUAA